AUGGCUACAACAAGGCAACCUACACUUUCUCCUUCCCUUUCGACUUCCACAAUCAAAUUCAUCCAAAUUCCGAAAAGUGGAACACUUGAAUGCGAACAGCAAAGCCCAUUCCACGUCCUCCCUAAACAACCCACCCUUGAACAAACCAGGCAAAUCCAUGCUCACAUCGUUAAAACCAACUUCAACCACACCAAGUUUAGCCCUUCAGCACAAUUAAAUUUCCUUAUAACAUCUUAUUCUAGAAACAGCCAACCCCACAGUGCACUUGAUAUCUAUGCUUAUUUGAGAAGAACGGACUAUGAAGUUGAUAACUUUAUGGUCCCUGCCAUCCUGAAAGCUUGCAGUUUUGUUUCAAUGACCCAAUUGGGCAAAGAAAUACAUGGUUUUGCAGUGAAGAAUGGAUUGAUUGAAGAUGUUUUUGUAACUAAUGCUUUGAUCCAAAUGUAUAGCGAGUGUCGGAGUGCGGUAACAGCCAGGUUAUUAUUUGAUAAUAUGGAUGAAAGAGAUGUUGUUUCUUGGAGUACUAUGAUUAGAAGCUAUGUUAGAAGCAAAUUGUACAGGGAAGCAUUGGAUAUUGUAAGAAAGAUGCACAAUUUACAAGUAAGGCCUAGUGAGGUUGCCAUGAUUAGCAUGGUUAACUUAUUUGCAGAGCUCAAGGAUAUUGAAAUGGGAAAGGCAAUGCACGCUUAUGUUACAAGGAAUCUUGAGAAAAUGGGUGUUCAUUUGACUACUGCUUUCAUUGAUAUGUAUGCCAAAAGUGGGAAUUUAGCUUCUGCAGGACUGCUUUUCCAUGGAUUGAACCACAAAAGUGUUGUUUCAUGGACUGCUAUGAUAGCUGGAUACAUUCAUUGCAAUAAAUUAGAAGACGGAGGGAAGCUUUUUGCUAGAAUGAUUGAAGAAAGGAUAAAGCCGAAUGAGAUUACUUUGCUGAGCUUAGUUGUAGAGUGUGGUUUUGUUGGGGCUUUAGAACUGGGCAAACAUCUACAUGCUUAUAUUUUGAGAAAUGGUAUUUGUGUGUCUUUGGCUCUUGCUACUGCUUUGGUUGAUAUGUACGGGAAAUGUGGGCAGAUACGGAAUGCUAAAGCAGUCUUUGACACAGUUAAGAACAAAGAUGUUAAGAUCUGGAGUGCUAUGAUUGCAGCUUAUGCACAAGCUCAUUGCAUUGAUCAGGCUUUGGAUCUAUUUGUCAAAAUGAGGGACGGUGGAGUGAGACCUAACCAAGUAACAAUGGUGACCAUGCUUUCACUUUGUGCAGAGGCUGGAGCCCUUGACAUGGGCAAAUGGGUUCAUACUUACAUAGACAGGGAAGUCGUUGAAAUGGAUAUGAUAUUAAAAACCGCACUAAUUGAAAUGUAUGCCAAGUGUGGAGAUAUUGAUGGGGCUUGGAGACUGUUCAGGGAAUCUAAAGAUCAAGACAUUGUCAUGUGGAAUACAAUGAUGGCAGGAUUUGGAAUGCAUGGUUGUGGUAAGGAGGCUUUGGAGCUAUUCUCAGAAAUGGAAAGAGGGGGUGUGAGGCCAAAUGAUAUCACAUUUAUCGGUCUUCUUCAUGCUUGUAGUCAUGCUGGAUUGGUGGAAGAAGGAAGGUUGUUUUUUGAGAAAAUGGUUCAUGAUUUUGGCUUGGUCCCUAAGGUCGGACACUAUGGGUGUAUGGUGGAUCUUCUUGGUCGAGCAGGACUGCUCGACGAGGCCUAUGAGAUGAUCAAAAGCAUGCCAAAAAGGCCAAACACCAUAACAUGGAGUGCUCUUCUUGCUGCAUGCAAGCUUCACAAGAAUCCCAUGUUAGGGGAAAUCGCUGCAAGGCAACUUGUGUACCUGGAACCUCAGAACUGCGGAUAUAAUGUUUCGAUGUCAAAUAUAUAUGCAGUGGCAAACAGGUGGAAUGAUGUUGCGGGGGUAAGAAAAGCAAUGAAGAACAAGGGAAUGAAGAAAGAACCAGGGCGUAGCUCUAUUGAAGUAGAUGGAUAUGUUCAUGAGUUCAUAAUGGGAGAUAAGGCACCACAAACCGAAAAGAUAAAUGAUAUGGUAUCUGAGAUAGGAAAGAAGUUGAAGGAGGCAGGGUACAUGGUAGACACAUCUGCUGUCCCAAACAUAGAUGAGGAAGAGAAAGAAGCCGCCCUCAACUAUCACAGUGAAAAUUGGAAUGGCUUUGCGGUUGGCCUCGUUAGUACAGCUCCAGGAACACCAAUCCGGGUUGUGAAAAAUCUCCGAGUUUGUAAUGACUGUCAUGCUGCAACUAAGCUGCUGUCUAAAAUCUAUGAGAGAGUAAUAAUAGUACGUGAUCGAAAACGCUUUCACCACUUCAGAGACGGAACCUGUUCCUGCGGAGAUUACUGGUAGCGACCCACUUUACUCUCUACGUUCCAAGAAUACACUGAAAAUAUGUACAGUUCAAAAAAAAAAGGAAAGGAAAUUAUAGUUCUCUCUAGUCUCUUCACUUUUAACCUUAUUCAUAUAAGUAGACAUUGAAUCAGUAGUUUGUUUCCCUCCUUCAAGAUCAGAUUACUUGCAAUAUCAGUAACUACCUUGAAUGUGGCAGUGAUUAGUUUUAGACCGUAGAUCCUUCUUUUAGCCCUUUAGAGAGCAUUUCCGC